AUGCUCAUCAGGAGUCUGCUCACGAAGGCCUUUCUUCUAGCGGCCCUCCAACGUAUCCUUACCUUACCGGUUCUGGGGCACCGUACUCCCUCGGGCACUGCUAUUCCGUUCGGUCUUGAACAUUCCUGGUUCUUGAGGUACUCUUUUAAUAGGGGUAGAAGUUGGGAGAGAAGAGGUCGUAUUUGGUUCGUCGCCGCAGUCCUCCUUAAAGGAAACGGGUUCACCGCAACCGGAAGUCUGUCUUACGAAAUGUGUUUCCCAAGGAGGAAGAGGAGUUUAGGAAAUGGUGCCACAAUCCAUGGGUUUAUCCACCGCUUUGUUCCGGUCGUCAAACGGUAA